AUGGUGAAGCCAUUAUUUGUCCCACCAACUUCUAGAUUGUCUCCAGUAAAUGUUUCUGAACAUGGCGUUAGAGACAAGGCAGAAAUCAACUAUUUUACAUCACUUGGUAAAAUGUUUGGUGUGGAUAAGUAUGCUGCCACAUUGAGAGAGAUAGUGAAGAGAAAGAAUAUACAUGUAAACUUUAGAACAAGUCUAAAAGCUGUAGAUCACAGAAAAAAGACAGUGACUAUUGAAUAUCUGGACAGUGAGACUGGUGAAGAGCAAACACAUAAAUAUGACUUCCUGCAUGUUGCACCACCUAUGUCAGCCCCUGAUCAGCUUAAGAAUGCUCCAUCCAAGUUUGUAGACAGUGCAGGAUUUCUGGAUGUAAACCAACUAAACAUGCAGCAUAGUAAUUAUAAGAACGUGUUUGGUCUUGGUGAUUGUACAAACAUUCCUACAGCAAAAACUGCUGCAGCAGUUGGUGCCCAGAAUAAAAUACUGUUUAACAGUUUACAGUCAGUGAUGGCAGGAGCAUCUCCUAAUGGACAGUAUGAUGGCUACACAGCCUGCCCUCUAGUGACAAGCUACAAUAAAUGUGUGAUGGCAGAGUUUGACUUCAGCUGUAUGCCGCUGGAAACAUUUCCUGUCAAUCAGGCGAAGGAAAGGAGAUCUAUGUACUUCUUUAAGAAAAAUGUGUUCCCUGAAAUCUACUGGAAUCUUUUAGUCAAGGGUCACUGGGGUGGAAACAAAGUUUUUAGAAAAGUGUUGCAUCUUGGGAUGUCAAAAUAGAGAAAUUUGGGAUGAGUGUACGUAUAACUGAAGGACAGGGGAGAUAAUAAUUGUACAUACAACCUCUACAUCACUUUAACAUACCUUUUAAAAUGGUGUUGGUUGAUUGACCAAAUUAUUAUUGUGUAGUUUUGUUCUAAAAAAGCUUUUAGUGACAUUUAUGCUCUUUUUUCUCAUUGUCAACUUGAGCUGCAUUGACUGCAUAUUUCAAGAGAAUUACUGUUAUAAUGGUGAUUGACCAACAGUUUAUAUUGUAAAAUGU